AUUCUCUGAACACUUUGAUCAGAGAACUGUUCAUUUCGACACUAUUUCGAGGAAAAAUCUAGCGACCACGUGUGUGGGAUAUCUGUACAGCUGUAUAAAUACAGUUGCAGGCCCAAACUUGGUAGACGAAAAUCGACAAUUCUUUAAGAGUAUCUUUAGGUAAAGAUUGAACUGAACAUAACAAUGUUCAGAAUGAAGAUAUGUGUGAUGUUGUUAGUGUCAUUUGUUACAGCAUUUGAUUUGAAAUUUGAUUACCGGAUUAGUGAAGGGAAGGCCAGAUUUGUUGAAAAUGUAGAAACUAAUCUAGGAAAGAAUAUAGUUAAAAUUCAUACUCCAAAACACAACGAUGUUCUCGAAUCAUACCUUAUGCAAGAUUUCCAAAAGGGUAAGCAAAUAAGAUGUCUUCCAUUUUUACGUCAAUGUAGACUGAGGGAUAUUGAUAGAAAGACUUCCUCCGAUGCUGGCAAAGUUACAGAGUCAUUUGUACACAGCUGGAACGAAGGUACAAACAGUAUAACAAGCACCAAUGCAACAGUGAUAAAGGAGAUGUAUUAUAUUGAUGGCGAAGAAGUAGUUAGCACUGUUUCACUUGGGGAGGACUUGAGGACAUUUUAUGAAGGCUUUGAAUACCCUCUUUACAUUGAAAAGAACAUACCCAAUGACGCUGUAGUACUCAAUAUAACCAGGUCUUCUGGAAGACGGUUUAAAAGGACAAUCACCCCACUGUCAAGUUGUGACAACGGAGAAGCACCCAAAAUAGUUUAUGGCAUGGAUACCGGGAGAUCAUGCAACUAUCUUAAGAUAUGUGGAGAUAUUGUAAGAAAUGUAAACGAUAGGAUGGUACUCUCAAAUUGUGGAAAUCUACACAUUACAUCUCCGCUAGCAUAUAUGUGUUUAUGCUGCCCCGGGGUCACAGUCAUCAAUCCAUCCGGACCCCAGUGUCAAUGUUCAAAAAUGGGACAGGCAAGCCAUUAGAAAAUCUAUGAUAAAUGUGUACUGUAAGCUUGAUAAGGUGUAUCACCUGAAUAGAAAAUAAACUAUUUGAAGCUUUUAACAA